AUGCAGGAACUGAAGAAGUCCAUGUCUUUCCCCGGUGCAAUGGUGGAAGUCACCGGUGCCUACGUGAAAACUGGAUGGUUCCCAGCGUUGAUGGUUACAAAGGUUAAAGAUGACAUUGAGAAUAAAUUCCUUGUCAAGGACUUGAGUCAGAAGUUAAGCCUCAUCAAUGGUGAUGAGAGAACACCACCACCGAUUAUUAAUGCACACUGCGUUAGACCCGCACCGCCUACUUCUUCGGUUGAUGAAGAAUAUCAGUUAAAUGAACUGGUAGAGGCGUUAUGUGGUCAUGGAUGGUACCCAGGGUUGGUGAAGGGAGCUCUCUCUGAGAACCGUUACUUGGUUCGUAUGGACAUUACAAAGGAGGAUCGUGAAUUUAAGCACUCGGAACUUCGACCCUUGAUGGUGUGGGAACAUGGGGAUUGGCGUGAGAGACCAAAGAUAUUGACUUGUUCUGGUGCUAGGCCACUCGCUAAAGCUAAUAUUGUGGCUGCCACUGGAGAAUCGAUGGCUCAUGCUAUUACGAAUGAUAAAAAUCCUCAGGGCACGACCCCACCAGUGACACCAAUUGAAGAAUCUGUUUCACUUGCAACCCCAUCCCCAAUCAUAACUAUACAAACUAGAACUGAAGGAGAAAAAUCCUCUGAAAAGACUGUUAAUAAAACUAGGCUUCUGAUUGGCUUGACAAAUGAUUCCACUCAACAGAAGAUGCCUACUAGGAGCAGAAGUCAAAGAGAACAAGAACAACCCUCAGGCCUGAAUGAAACUGGAAAUGUAUCUGCUACUUUGGAAGGUAGAGUUAGGCAAAGCGGACCAAAGGAAAAAAUUGUAAACCAUUUUGGUGCUAAUAAGACAAUGGCUCCUGGAAAGGCCACACAGCAGAUGGAAACAUUCAUGAAUCCACAUGACAUUCGCAAGACACUCACUGAAGCUGGCUACGGAGUAUUGAAAAUGAAGAGGAGGGAUCCUCGGGUCAUCAUAACCUGGCCAGUAACAUCAAUAGCAAAAAGAUCUGCAACCCAGUCUCCGGUCAUAAGUGCAACACCACUGAAACGUGCAGACGCCACAACUGUAGGAAAAAUAACCCCAAGGAAGACACCGGACCCAAAGAUGAAUCUGAAUGGUUUUGGAAAGGACUCAACUCCACAUAAGGUGCCUAAUGAAGAGAACAGCGAAGCUAGGAGUAAAAAAAGGAAAAGUCAACAACCCUCAAGUGCUGGGACUAGCAAUGGUUCAAAUGCUAUGAUCAAUGGUGCAAGUAAAAGUAUUUGCAACAAUGCUGAAGUUGUUGUACAGCCUCUCUCUGCUUGGAUAAUGGGUUUACCUUUUUCAAAGACGUUACCAUUUUGGAAGACGUAUGAAUCAUCCGGUUUCGAAUAUUUUCCGCAAAGACCUCACUUCAGCCCACUGCUUAAAGAUAAAGAGGAUCUCCGUGAAUUGUUGGCGGUUGGUAUGAUAGUCACCUUUUAUGGGUUACUAGAUGAAGUAAAAGGUCUGAAGCUCGAUGAUCCUAUGAGCAAGCUCAAUGAUCUCAGGGUGAAAUUUGCCAAACUAAAAAAUCAUGGUUUUAACAUUAAAUCUCCUCAAGGUCGAAUCAACAAAUUGUUGUUUCUUAAAGAGGUGCGAGCUAAGAAAGCCGAGAAACAGCAACGUUUUGAGAACUGCAUGGAAAAGGAAGAAAGUGAAAGUCGCAAGUUACAAUCUAAGAGGGCUGGGAUGAAACGCAAGAUCUGUGAGCUGCAGACACAAGAUAAAGUUGCGAAAGUGAGGAUGGAAGCCGCUGAGGAAAAGAUAGCAGAUAUGAAGUCACAUGCAGAAAAGAUUGGUCAAGAAAUUGAAGAAAUGGAGGUUGAGUUUCAAAAAGUUGUAUCGGCUCUAUGCUUUGGUAAAUGAAACUAAGAGUUGUCUGUAAUUGUUGGAUAUUAUGUUCGUGUGUUUAAGGUUAACUACCCAUGUAGAUAUUCAUGAUACCGUAGCAGUGUCGAUGAUGCUGAUUUAUUUAACUUUAUAAGUCUCUGGUCUUGGUCUCAGUGACCAUUUCAGCUUUAACAUGUCUUGGUCUCAGUUAUAUUCUCAAACUCCUUACCAAGAAUCUUUUUUACGAUGUAAUAUUCAAGAAAAUUCAGUGUGGUACAUUUC